CAUAAGAAAGGGACGCUAAAUUCCAGGCAACGCGCUGUGGCUUUCCUUUUCCGGUGAAACUCUGGCAAGAUGGCGGACGUUGAGCAAAAGAAGAAGCGUACCUUCAGGAAGUUCACCUACAGAGGAGUGGACCUGGACCAGCUCCUGGACAUGUCCUAUGAGCAGCUGAUGCAGCUCUACUGUGCCCGUCAGCGCCGCAGGCUGAACCGGGGCCUUCGCCGCAAACAGCAGUCCCUCCUCAAGCGCCUGCGCAAGGCCAAGAAAGAGGCUCCCCCCAUGGAGAAGCCUGAGGUGGUCAAGACCCACCUGAGAGACAUGGUCAUCCUGCCAGAAAUGGUGGGCUCCAUGGUUGGAGUUUACAAUGGAAAGACCUUCAACCAGGUUGAGAUCAAGCCUGAAAUGAUUGGUCACUACCUUGGAGAGUUCUCCAUCACAUACAAACCUGUCAAGCACGGUCGCCCUGGUAUUGGAGCCACGCACUCUUCUCGCUUCAUCCCCCUGAAGUAAAGUUUUGUUUAUGGGUGUGUAAAUAAAAGUGACUUCCAAACCAUAA